UCUUUCUGUUAUUUGCGUAGCUAGGAAACUACUGGCAAAGCGCUUAGAAGGAGAUUAUUGUUGCUCUCUGCUACUGGGAUAUGAUGUGCAGUAAGGAGCUUGCGGACGCUGCUUGUUACUGCUUUCUGUCCAACAAUGAAGCUUGGAGAACCGCCUCGUCCUCGGCGCCUCUCGAAUGUGUGGCUAAUUAGUUGAGCUCAUGAUCGGUUUCCACAGGAUUAGGUUGCAGACUGGCUAGCCAACGGAGCUCGUAACUUGCAUGCCGAACUCUUGCUUCUAGUCAUUGGUUUUCUUGUUAGGUGUGCUUGGUUUCCAAUGAACGUCACUCAGUGAUGGAUCAAUACAGCAUAUUGGGUAGGAUCGGAGAAGGGGCCCAUGGCAUCGUUUUUAAAGCCAAACAUAUUGAGACAGGAGAGACCGUGGCACUGAAAAAAGUCGCUCUCAGAAAGCUGGAGGAUGGCAUCCCUAACCAGGCCUUAAGAGAGAUUAAGGCCCUGCAGGAGAUAGAAGACAACCAGUAUGUGGUGAAACUGAAGAACGUUUUCCCUCAUGGUACAGGCUUCGUGCUGGUGUUCGAGUACAUGCUGUCCGACCUGUCAGAGGUCAUCCGCAACUCCCAGCGGCCCCUCACAGAGUCCCAGGUCAAAGGUUACAUGAUGAUGCUGCUGAAAGGGGUGGCCUUCUGCCAUGAGAACUCCAUUAUGCACCGGGAUCUGAAACCAGCCAAUCUCCUGAUCAGCUCCACUGGUCAUCUGAAGAUUGCUGAUUUUGGCUUAGCCAGGCUGUUCUCUAAUGAAGGCGAGCGGCUGUAUAGUCACCAAGUGGCCACCAGGUGGUAUCGAGCUCCAGAGCUUCUAUAUGGUGCCAGGAAAUACGAUGAAGGUGUUGAUCUCUGGGCAGUGGGGUGUAUUUUCGGGGAGCUGUUGAAUAAUUCCCCCCUCUUCCCUGGGGAGAAUGACAUUGAGCAGCUGUGCUGUGUUCUGAGGGUCCUGGGAACACCCAACCAGCACGUCUGGCCGGAGAUUACUGAGCUGCCAGAUUAUAAUAAAAUCACCUUCAAGGAGAACCCCCCUAUCCCACUGGAGGAGAUUGUGCCGGACACCUCCGUGCAGGCGGUGGAUCUCCUGAAGAGGUUCCUGGUCUACCCCUCCAAACAGCGGAUCGGGGCCAGCCAGGCUCUGCUACACCCUUACUUCUUCACAGACCCCCUGCCCGCCCACCACUCUGAGCUCCCUAUUCCUCAACGCGGAGGAAAACGCUCCCACCAGCGGCUGCAGCCCCCCUAUGAAUUCUCUGUGGACCGGCCUCUGCAUGAGAGUUUGGUGGAUCCCGGACUGAUCCAAGGGCAUGCAUGGGGGUGUUUCUGACUGCCUUCAUGUCCAUCCACAGCAAUUUGCAUUAUAGUGGUUCUGUUUUUUGGGUGAUGUAUGAACAAUUACCACUGUUUUACACAAUUCAGUCAUACUAUUCUGGGGCUGUGAUAUUGGAGAUUGCUGCAUGGUAUCUUACAGGAUUUAGCCAAAGCCCUCAGUUCCCAAAAAUGUUUAUGAUUAUGAAUGAUUAUGUGUCUCCUGGCCAGUACCAUCAUUUUCUCUGCGCCUUUCAUCGUUCUUUUUAGUGUCGCAUUGAUCCCAUAAUUUCCCUCCGUCUUAAAUAGCUUAAUGAUCUAUUGUGUGUAUUUGAUCCCGAUUUUAUUUCAAGGAAAUAUAUUUCAUUUAGUUUUGUAAAGAAAAAAAACAAAUUAUUAGGCCUACAAGGAGUAUUGCUGUCCAGGAAAUGACUUAGGCAUACCUAGAUGUAUCUUAGACUCCAGCAGUGAUGGUUGAUUCUUUGUUAUAUCACUGAUCACCUCCUCUCAGAUCCCUGGAUUACUGUGGUCUUUGCAUCCCUGUGCAGAUAACGGUUUUCUACACGCGCUGAUAAGCUGCGCGGCUAACGAGCGAGAGUGAGCCGCAGAGCUGGACCGGGUGUCUGCUCUGAUCACUCCUUUCCUGCUAACUGGCCCUGAGCCCCCUCUGUGAGGAGGCAGGGCGUGUCUGUGUCUGUUAAGGGUGUGGAUGCACAGACACUUGGACCAGUAAAUUGAAAAAAGGAAACUUCUGUUUAUUUCAUUAAAAUUCUUUUUGUAUUGUUGUUUAA